CAGCAGCUGUGGUUUGUUCCAGAACCUGCCUUUUCUAUGAUUCCUGUCAAGAACAGAGGCCUAUGAGAAUCAUGGAGAAACUGCUUCCUGUCCCCAUGUGAAAUAUGGUGUAAGAUAUUUCUUCAACACUGGACAGCUGAGGACCUGUUAUUUCUGAUUAGCCUUAAGCAAACUUACAGCCAUAAAGAAACCUCACGGAGUUCCAUAUUUUGUUUUCUGCUUUAUACCUUUCCUGGUAUCUAAAUUCAUCUUGCAGCCAUGUAUGGAAGUGCUCGCUCAGUUGGGAAGGUGGAACCAAGCAACCAGAGCCCUGGGCGUUCACCUAGGCUUCCACGUUCCCCUCGCUUGGGUCAUCGUCGAACCAAUAGCACAGGAGGGAGUUCUGGAAGCAGUGUUGGAGGUGGCAGUGGGAAAACCCUUUCAAUGGAGAAUAUCCAGUCCUUAAAUGCUGCCUAUGCCACAUCUGGCCCUAUGUACCUAAGUGACCAUGAAAAUGUAGGUUCAGAGACACCUAAAAGCACCAUGACACUUGGCCGUUCUGGGGGACGUCUGCCUUACGGUGUUAGGAUGACUGCUAUGGGCAGUAGUCCCAAUAUAGCUAGCAGUGGGGUUGCUAGUGACACCAUAGCAUUUGGAGAGCAUCACCUCCCUCCUGUGAGUAUGGCAUCUACUGUUCCUCACUCUCUCCGUCAGGCAAGAGAUAACACAAUCAUGGAUCUGCAGACACAGCUGAAGGAAGUAUUAAGGGAAAAUGAUCUCUUGCGGAAGGAUGUGGAAGUAAAAGAGAGCAAAUUAAGUUCUUCAAUGAAUAGCAUCAAGACUUUCUGGAGCCCGGAACUGAAGAAAGAGCGAGCCCUCAGAAAAGAUGAAGCUUCCAAAAUUACUGUGUGGAAGGAACAGUAUAGAGUUGUGCAGGAGGAAAACCAGCACAUGCAAAUGACAAUUCAGGCUCUACAGGAUGAAUUACGGAUCCAAAGGGACCUGAACCAGCUGUUUCAGCAAGAUAGUAGCAGCAGGACUGGUGAACCUUGUGUGGCAGAGCUGACAGAGGAGAACUUCCAGAGGCUACAUGCUGAACAUGAAAGACAGGCCAAAGAGCUGUUUCUUCUUCGAAAGACUCUAGAGGAAAUGGAACUGCGUAUUGAGACUCAGAAGCAAACCCUGAAUGCUCGGGAUGAAUCCAUCAAGAAGCUUCUAGAAAUGUUGCAGAGCAAAGGACUUUCUGCCAAGGCUACUGAAGAAGACCAUGAGAGAACAAGACGACUGGCAGAAGCAGAGAUGCAUGUCCACCACCUAGAAAGCCUUUUGGAACAGAAGGAAAAAGAGAACAAUAUGUUGAGAGAGGAGAUGCAUCGAAGAUUUGAGAAUGCCCCUGAUUCUGCCAAGACAAAAGCUCUGCAAACUGUUAUUGAAAUGAAGGAUUCAAAAAUUUCCUCUAUGGAGCGUGGGCUCCGAGACUUGGAAGAGGAAAUUCAGAUGUUGAAAUCGAAUGGGGCUUUGAGCACUGAAGAACGGGAGGAAGAAAUGAAGCAAAUGGAGGUCUAUCGGAGUCAUUCUAAAUUCAUGAAAAAUAAGGUAGAGCAACUGAAGGAGGAACUAAGUUCGAAAGAGGCUCAAGGGGAGGAGCUGAAAAAGAGAGCGGCUGGUCUUCAGGCUGAGGUCUUUGCCAUUGGUCAGGUGAAGCAGGAGCUCUCCAGAAAAGACACAGAACUACUAGCUCUGCAGACAAAGCUAGAAACACUUACGAACCAGUUCUCCGACAGUAAGCAACACAUUGAAGUGCUGAAGGAGUCCUUGACUGCUAAGGAACAAAGGGCUGCCAUUCUGCAGACCGAGGUGGAUGCUCUGCGAUUGCGUUUGGAAGAGAAGGAAACCAUGCUGAAUAAGAAAACAAAACAAAUUCAGGAUAUGGCUGAGGAGAAGGGAACACAAGCUGGAGAGAUACAUGACCUCAAGGACAUGCUGGAUGUGAAGGAGCGGAAGGUUAAUGUUCUUCAGAAGAAGAUUGAAAAUCUUCAGGAGCAACUCAGAGAUAAGGAAAAGCAGAUGAGCAGCUUGAAAGAACGAGUCAAAUCCUUGCAGGCUGAUACCACUAACACCGACACUGCCUUGACAACUUUGGAGGAAGCCCUGGCUGAGAAAGAGCGGACAAUUGAACGCUUAAAAGAACAGCGGGACAGGGAUGAGCGAGAGAAGCAAGAGGAAAUUGAUAACUACAAAAAAGAUCUGAAAGACUUGAAAGAAAAAGUCAGCCUAUUGCAAGGCGACCUCUCAGAGAAAGAGGCUUCACUCUUGGAUCUGAAAGAGCAUGCGUCUUCCCUGGCUUCCUCAGGACUGAAAAAGGACUCACGACUAAAGACACUAGAGAUUGCUUUGGAACAGAAGAAGGAGGAAUGUCUGAAAAUGGAAUCACAGUUGAAAAAGGCACAUGAGGCAACAUUGGAAGCCAGAGCUAGUCCAGAGAUGAGUGACCGAAUACAGCAACUGGAGAGAGAGAUUGCCAGGUACAAAGAUGAAUCUGGCAAGGCCCAGGCAGAAGUUGACCGCCUCUUAGAAAUCUUGAAGGAGGUGGAAAAUGAGAAGAAUGACAAAGAUAAGAAGAUCGCUGAGUUGGAAAGUCUCACCUCAAGGCAAGUGAAAGACCAGAAUAAGAAAGUAGCAAACCUGAAGCACAAGGAACAGGUGGAAAAGAAGAAGAGUGCCCAGAUGCUAGAGGAGGCGCGGCGAAGGGAGGACAGUCUGAAUGACAGCUCCGCACAACUCCAGGACAAUCUCCGUAAGAAGGAUGACAGAAUUGAAGAGCUGGAAGAAGCACUAAGAGAGAGUGUACAGAUAACUGCAGAGCGAGAAAUGGUGCUAGCACAAGAGGAAUCAGCCAGGACCAAUGCUGAAAAACAGGUGGAGGAGUUACUGAUGGCCAUGGAGAAAGUAAAGCAGGAACUGGAGUCCAUGAAAGCAAAGCUGUCCUCUACUCAACAGUCUCUGGCAGAAAAGGAAACUCAUUUGACCAAUCUUCGAGCAGAGAGAAGGAAACACUUAGAGGAAGUUCUGGAGAUGAAGCAAGAAGCUCUCCUGGCUGCCAUUAGUGAAAAAGAUGCCAAUAUAGCUCUUUUGGAGCUUUCAUCCUCUAAGAAAAAGACCCAAGAGGAAGUGGCUGCACUAAAGCGGGAGAAGGAUCGUCUGGUGCAGCAGCUCAAGCAGCAGACACAAAAUCGAAUGAAGCUAAUGGCUGACAACUAUGAGGACGACCACUUCAAAUCCUCUCAUUCCAAUCAAAGCAAUCAUAAACCCUCCCCAGACCAGAUCAUCCAGCCCCUCUUAGAACUUGACCAAAAUAGAAGCAAAUUAAAAUUGUAUAUUGGACACCUGACAGCCCUCUGCCAUGACCGAGACCCCCUGAUCCUUCGUGGGCUCACUCCACCAGCUUCCUAUAACUUGGACGAUGACCAGGCAACUUGGGAGAAUGAGCUGCAGAAGAUGACCCAGGAACAGCUUCAGAACGAGUUAGAGAAAGGCGAGCGGGACAACGCAGACCUGCAGGAGUUUGCCAACGCCAUCCUGCAGCAGAUAGCAGACCACUGCCCCGACAUCCUGGAGCAGGUGGUCAACGCGCUGGAAGAGUCAUCCUGACCCCGCGUUGUGGGGAGUGGCCAGGCCAGCAGCCCAGCAGAGUGAACCAGGAGCCAAGAAAAGGGGAUGACGAGGACAGGCACCCAGGAACUUUUGGGCCCCGUGCAAACUCUACAAACUAUCCUACCCGAUUAGUCCUUCAGGUGCGGCUCCAGCACCAUCUACAGCGGCUGUCUUACCCAGCCUGUCCACGUUGGGUGUUGUCUCUACGCUUACUGUUUUGAUGUCCAGGGUGGGUAGGUAAGUGGCCAUGGCUCCAGGAGGAACCGCCCUCUAGUCGUCAACAGUGGAGAACUCUGGAAGCUGGUGGCUCUGCCCUCACAGAGGGACAUGGAGUAGGGAGCCUCUCGCCUCUGCCCUCGACAUGAGAGCUGAGUCUGGAAUCUGCUCGGAGUUCAACGUACGGAGAGAGCGCUUCCCCAUGGCCGAGAGAGCGGAGUGUCCUCAUACCACAGGUGCUGUCUCCUACAAGGAUAACAAAUUCUCCAGAAGAUAUUAUUUGGAAGAGGGGGGGCGAACAGGGACAAACAGAACACCGACUCGUCUUUGUACUGCCUUCGUCUACUGUCCAUCUGCAGCGUUUGUGCAGGGGAGCUGCCCGCAGGCCUCCUGAGGGCUCAGAGCACUCUAGAGCCCAGCCCGGUCUGGGUCACUGUCCCUGCUCUUCUCAACCCUCAGCAGGAGGACGGUGCAGACAGCUCCCUCCGCGUCUCUCUCGAAUGAGGCUUCGGCCCUUCGCUAGGUGUGUCAGAUCAUGUGUCUCCAGUGGGGAGAGGGGGCCGGGCGUGAGGCACGGUCAGCUCCAGCUGUGCUUCUGUAGGUGACCGUUCCUCGGGCUCAGGCUGCUUUCUCCUGAGCAUCUCUCUCCUCAGC